AUGGCGAAUGGUCUAUCUAUUCGUGUGCUGUCCAAACUGGACUCACCUACGGUGCACCCCUUUGCUCAGCCUACUAAGAAAAUCCAUGAGUCGCAAGAUGUUUCGACCUUUUUGACCUCCAAAGCUUACACUGACAUCAUGACCUGGAUCUUACAAUUGAAUCGAUCCAUGUUCCCAUUGAAACUGCCCGACAAUACUACUCAAGCUUGGACUAUCAACAGUGAUGCGAUCCAGUAUUCCGCUCCCGUCCGCCAGCUGCAGCGACUCCUCCUCAAACUCGAAGAUAUCAUACAAGAAGUUCCCCCGGAUACUGGUCCCCGCAGAUUUGGAAAUAUAAGCUUUCGGAGGUGGUGUGAGGUUGUUGACAGUCGAGCCUCCGACCUAUUGAAAGAAUGUCUUCCGGCGGAGCUCUUGCAACAAGGAUCGUCCGAAGAAGGCGGUCCGACAGCCGAGACUGAGUUAAAAGCAUACUUGAUGGGCAGCUGGGGAAGCGGGCAGCGCUUAGACUAUGGCACAGGCCAUGAACUGAGCUUUCUCGCAUUCCUUGGUGGAAUAUGGAAGUUGAACGGCUUCCCCCAAGCUGAGCCAGGCGUGGAGGAAAGAGCCAUUGUUAUCGGAGUGGUUCACCCCUACUUGGACCUCAUUCGAAAACUGAUAAAGACUUACAACCUAGAACCUGCUGGCUCUCACGGUGUCUGGGGACUUGAUGAUCACUCCUUUGCUCCCUAUAUCUUUGGGUCUGCCCAAUUUUCACCUGCGAUCAGCGAAAGCGACCUUACACCCGAAGAAGGCUCACUACUCAAUGCACCAGACCCAGGCGGCGUCGCCAAAGCAAAUAUUGUGGAAAGAGAACGUCAAACUAACUUAUACUUCGCUGCUAUCGGGUUCAUUUACGACGUGAAAAGAGGCCCGUUCUGGGAGCACAGCCCCAUGCUCUUCGAUAUCUCCGGUAUACGAGCCGGCUGGGGCAAGAUCAAUAAAGGAAUGGUCAAAAUGUACAACGCCGAGGUUCUUUCAAAAUUCCCCGUGGUACAGCACUUCCCGUUCGGCUCUUUGUUCAGUUGGGAUCGUGAUCCAAAUGCCAUCCCACCCCCUUCCACAGUGCAUACUACUUCUGGUCCGCAGGCGCGUCCCGUUGCACCAGAUCAGGGCAUGCCUUCCGUUGCCGCUGCGCGCCCUAUGCCUGGGGCUGGUACCCAGGCUCCCUGGGCUAAAUCUGGGUCAGCUGCACAGCCUCCUCCCACGGGCGCAACAGCAGCUCCGUGGGCUGGAACCCGGAGAGAGGGUGCUCCGUUCUCAUCGACUGAUACCUCUACAAGAGCACUACCGAUCAUCCCGGAUACUUCGAGGAUGUCUCCGGGUGCUAUGGCUCCUACGAGAGCACCCUGGGCAUCUGCUCAGCCUACUCAGCCCUCUACGCGAAGUAACGAUGAAGUCCAUACCAAGGCGCCCUGGGCGAAAUGA